AUGUCGACCGGCAGGCCCAAGGACACCGAAUCACAACUCGCGGCGAGCACGGAAUCCACAGCGUUGGUGGAGUACACGGCGCCAGUGCUCAAGGAAGAUGAGGAGGACCUAGAGGUGAAGCUUCGAAGAAUACUUGAGAACGUCCCAGUUCGAGUUAGUAAUACCUCCGGUAGUUCUGCUGGUUCUGGUUCUGGUGAUUUUCAUCAGAAGCUGACUGCGAUUCGGAACUUUGGUAUUAGCAGUAUCAAGUUCGCCGUCGGUGGCAGGGUUGUUACUCAAUGCGACAUUUAUCGGCAAAUGAGACGGAAAGAGCAAGACAGGCUUUCAAGGAUGGAUGCAGAUUACCAGAGAAGGAAAGAAAUAGCUGAAUUCGCUAUGAGAAGAGAGGAAAGAAGGAAAGCUGCAGAGGAACGUACAUCAAAGAAGCGUUUGAAAAGACAAAAGAAAAAGCAAAGGAAAAAGGAGAAGAAGAUGGAACCAAAUGCUGGUGCAGAAGAGCAUGGGAAAGAAGAAUCUUCAGAUGAGGAAGCCGACUCUGAUGAUGGCAACGAAACAGAAAAAUAA